AUGGGGAAGCGAUCCAGCCCAGCUUGUUUUUGGUCUUCAUUGAUCGGCGAGAAGCAACUCCGCUUCUUCAAGACUUUCCCACCUGCAUCUCAUCCAUCGGGCAUCGGGUCAACCGUCAGUCAAAUGAAUCAUCAAAACAUACAAUCGCCCAGCGCUGGGAAUGGAUCCACUGUUGCCGAUACCGAGGUUCCUUCGUGUCAAGGAUGUCGAAGACGUAAACUGAAAUGUUCGAGAGAUCAGCCUACGUGCAAUCAUUGUCGAAGGUUAGGAGACUCACCCUGUAUCUAUGAUCUGAAGAAGAAUAAACCUGGUGUCAAGACUGGAGUUAUUGAAGGUCUUAGUCGAAGAGUUGAGGCUCUUGAAAGUGCAGUAUACGAUGGCUCACACAUCACUCAUACUGUUCCUCUAUCCGACUCUUCGCAAAUUGUCGGGGCAUUCUCCAGCCUCAUCCAAGAGCUUCGCGGCUUGGUGUUUAGUGCCGGGGGCUCAUUGCCAUUACAUGGAGCCAACAACCCUUCAGUUCCACCUCAGCACGCUACACCAAGAACGGCUUCACUGUCAUCACCCAAUGAGUCACAGCAACCGCCACGGAAGAGAAGAAGAGUAGACAGCUGUGGUAAUCCCAACAUCGAGUUGGCCUUAGUGUUACCUAGCAAUGCUGAACUACCGCCAAGAGAACUGCUUGAAGAGGUUAUCGAUGCAUACUUCAUUCUAGUUCAGCCCUGGAUACCCAUUUUACACGAAACCCGUUUCAGGAGCCGAUUUUACAAUCGUGAACAGCUACCCUGCCUUACAGUUCUUCUCCACGCCAUAGUUUUUGCUGCCGUUCGCUUUGUCGACGCUGAUGGUGAGAAGCUAUCAGAACAGGAGACUGAGUCAUGGAUAUCGAAAUCCAGAAGCAUAGUCCUUUUGUCAGGUAUGGACAGCAUGUCCGUCGAAAACUUGCAAGCUUUGAGUAUAAUCGCUUUUACUGAUAUGGGAAAUGGUGACAUGUCAAGAGCUUGGCCUAUUAUUGGUUCGCUAUCGAGAAGUGUCUCGUACCUUCAAUUGAGUGUCGAAUCAGAUGACCGAGAACAAGGUCUUCUCUUGAAACCUUUAACGUCUCUACCGCCUUCUCAAAAUUGGACUCAGGACGAGGAGCGACGACGGGUGUUUUGGAGCAUCUUUAUUCUGGACAGACUAUGCUCCGUCAUGACAGGGUGGAACGUCAGUUUGACAUCGAAUGAUGUGCGGAGAAGGCUACCUGCUGAUGGGGGUCUUUGGCACAAAGAAGAAACAGUAUUGACACCUUACUUCGGUAUAUGGGAUCGAUCUGCGGCGAAGAUGGGAAAUUCUAUCGUCUUCCUUCCAGCGCAUUAUCCAAGUCCUGAACAACAAGUCACAGAGCCACCUCCUGAGACGCCGUCGACCAAUACUACAACAGCCAAAAAGAAUGACAAUGUUGACAUGACUACUGUAGGUGCUUUUGCAUACUGUAUCGAGGCAACUGAGUCGUUGAGUCGCGUGAUUAUGUAUUUCCUGCAGCAAAAGGUGAAUCUCAAAGAUCGUGGAGAGGUUGGGAAUUGGCUUACCCGGUUCAAGGAGCUUGAUCUUCGACUCGUUCACUGGAAGAUGUUUCUUCCUCAAAAGUGGAAAGAUGGCGGCAACAUCUCCCGCAGACCAGCUGUUAUUACCAUGGAUCCCAACCUCACGUUGGCUCACGUAACUCACAACUGCUCCAUGAUUCUCUUGCAUCAAAAAAUAGCAUAUCCAGCACCUCAGUGGACUAGUAUUGUUAGGAUGCCCAGCGCUCAUAGCGCCGAGACAUGCCAAGUCGCAGCAGCGGAGACAGCAACUAUCACUCAGAAAUACCUCAAGUACACUCCAGAGACAAGUCCGGUAAACAGUCAGUUUGCGUUCUGUGUAUUUGUUAGCGCGCGAGCGUUGCUCGUCCAUUGGAGGUACUAUAAGACAACGUUGGCUUCUGAGUUCUGGCUAUUGGUUGAGUGUCUUGAUGGCUUUGCCAACCGGUGGGCCGGGCCGGUCUUCAAAUCGAAAGGGAAGAGCUCGCUGGCUGCUAAAUAUAGUUCUCAGCUGCGUGCUCUGUUUCAGAGGUGCAUGGACAACCCGGAUUACUCUCCCGAUGACAGUUUUAUCACACAUCUACCCGACCAUACGCCUCAAGGAACCGACACAUUUCGGCAAAAUGAUCAAAUCGAAAUCUCAACUAUAUCUGGAACAGUACAAACACCAUUCGAUAUGCGCCCGCCAAAUUCGCGAUUACCUUUCGAUCCUACUCAGACGAACAGCUUUCUGCCACAGAUAUCACCUACCAAUGCCGGGCUGGAACAGAACUCUCCAGAUGAACUAUCAGCCAUUUCUACUGUUCUGAUGGAUCAAGACUUUAUGCAGUUAGAUCGAGUGAUCAGUUUUGACGACAUGAUGUUCACAGCUCAAACUAUUGAUGAUCAGGGGGCUCCAUUCUCAAUGAACAACUGGACUGUGGGUUGA